UCAGCGGGACGGCAGCCGGGCACCUCGCCUCGCCACGCCGUGCCGAGUCGGAGGCCGCCGUCUUCGUGGCACCAGCGGGAAAUACCGCGUGCCGGGAGGCUUUGGGGCCAAGCCGCCGUGGCCGGAGAGUGCCCGGGGAUGAAGCUGGGGGCCGCCUGCCUCCUGUGCCUGCUGCUCGCCUGCCUGACCCUGCCUGUCGCCCACGGACGCAUCCGCGAGCGCUCCAUGGAAAUCAGGAACCCGGACAUCGACCCCUCCUGGUACACGGGGCGUGGGAUCCGGCCCGUGGGGCGCUUCGGGCGGCGGCGAGCCCUGGGUGAGGGCACCCAUCCCGGGGGGGCUGGCCGGCGGCAAGCCUGCGCCCCCCCCCGCCCGCACCCCCAGCCCCCCCGGGAGGAGCGGAGCCCGUGA